AUGGCCGACUUGCAGCGCCAUGCGGAGUUGUUUCCUAUCCCUGCACCUUACCCAUGGACGAUUCAAAUUUGCCAUGGAGGCUCCAGGAAAAAACGCCAGCGAUUCCGCCGGCGGCGGGCUUUGGAGCUGUUGACCAAUCUUCAGAUGGAAGGUGCACGGCCCAGAGCCGCCGAAACAGGUGCAGUCCCAGUUCCUACGGUGGCCGCCAAGGUAGCAUUUCCUGAUGCUUUACAUGGGGAUUCAGGGGAAGAGAUCAAACGUGUGCCUUGCAUGCCACCAGAUGCAGUAUCCCUACAAGUGCGUGAUGAGCUCAAAGCUUUGGGGCAUCGGUGGGAUAAGGCUAGUCAUGAAGAACUGUUGAGGGCGCAUGAAGCACUCAGGGCAGAAGAAGAAUUGCGGUUUGGUGUAAUUCCCCCAAGGGCCCCCUUAGGUCAUUACACGGGAGUUUGUAUCGAUGACAAGCUAUCUAUGCAAUUGAUCCCCAAAUCCAAGCCCGAAAUGCCCCUAAGAGACCAUGAUGCCUGUGCCAAUGCGGCAGCAGCAUAUGACCAUGCGGGACUUGUCGUCCAUGAAAAGAAGCAAGUCCGCAGAGCCGAAGUGUUCUGCGCGUGGGGUGCGGAAGUAGAAGGCGUGCACGGCUACUGUGGUGCAAAGCGCAGCCGGCUGGCUUGGUUAGCUGUUCUUACAUUUAAGGCCUCGCGCAGUCGUGUGCUAACUAGAAAGUUGUUGGAUGAGCUGGUCGGUUGCUGGGCUUUCUGUUUGCAAUUUAGGCGUCCCCUUUUCUCGCUCAUUGAGUUGAUGUACAAUGAGGGCCCUGUUUCCAAAGGGUUUAGGCCAUCACAAGCUUUGCGCGCCGAAAUGCAAGUCUUGGCGCUGUUGGGCAUGACUGCUAUGUCCCAAUUGAGGACGCAGGUCGGUCCUACCAUGUACGCAACCGAUGCAUCCCCGGAUGGGGCUGGUGCUGUGUCUUCCACCGUUGAACCAGGCCUCGCACGUGAAAUUGCCAGGAGAGCUGAAUGCCGCGGUUUUCACACCAGAUUGCUUCCCCCUAUUUCAGCACAUUUGCAUGAGAAAGGUUUUGUUGUUGAUGAGAGCCUGAUUUCAUCGGAUUUUGACCUAGGGCACACGCAGCCACCGUUAGAUGCGGGCGAUCCCGCACCUCUGUUGCACAAGACCGCUAUGUUUCCAGUGACGUCAAAAAUCGCCAGCAUGCAUGACCUUGCUGAUCGCAUGCGCCAAGCUUCAGCACGACCACAAAAGGGGAUAGGAGCUCGGGAACUCUUUGCCAUCCCCAAAUCUGAUGGUUUGUGGUCCUCCGAUGAUUCGUUGCAACACCCCCAAGAUUUAGCAGGAUGGAUCCAAACAGUUCAGCCAGACUUGCCCGGUUUGAGCCAGCUGGCCAGAAACCAGCCGGUGAUUUUGUCAGAACUGGUGGAGGAGUUCGGAAGGACUCUCUACGAGCAGGGUGCCUCGCGGAGGACAUUUGCAGAAACAGUAAAUGCCCUUCAGCAGAAGUUUGCCUUUCUGAAGACGUGGCUGCAUGGUUCUUGGGCCCUUCUGACAACUUGGGAGAGCCUAUGGCCCGGACAAGAUCACCCACCGAUGCCGCUGAUGCUCCUGAAAGCGAUGGUAUCCACUGCGCUUGCUUGGGGCUGGAAGAGAGUGAGCUUGCUUCUUUUAGUCGGCUUUUACGGUUUAUUGAGGCCUGUCGAAGCAUGCUUGAUGAAAGUGACCGAUUUCAUGACACCUGCAGACACUGGUGUGCCCGACAUUUUGAUUCUUCAGCUUCACCACGUGAAGAGUCGCACCAGGGGCGCAAAGUUUCAGAGCGUCCGGCUCGAAGAGCCACACGUGAUUACUUUUAUCAAGAAGUGUUUUGCCAGCAUGAGCCAAGACGAAAGGCAUGCAGAGUGUAGUGUAUGCAACCUGGCAGAGGCCGUUGGGCUUGAGCCACCGCACCAACUGUUAGGCAAAGACUCGCCCUCCAACUUCUUUGUCGAACAGGCCCUGCACACCGCAGAUCUCCCAGCUUCACCACACAUGCAAGAAGCAUUCCCAGCGGGCCUCAAAGCCGCGCAAUGGCCACAUUUGGGCUCAUAA